AUGUCCCCCAGCUCCCACCAUGUCCCCCAUGUCCCUCAGCUCCCACCAUGUCCCCCUGCUCUCCCCAUGUCCCCCUGCUCUCCCCAUGUCCCCCAGCUGCCACCAUGUCCCCCAUGUCCCUCAGCUCCCCCCAUGUCCCCCAGCUCUCCCCAUGUCCCCCAGCUCUCCCCAUGUCCCCCAGCUGCCACCAUGUCCCCCAUGUCCCUCAGCUCCCCCAUGUCCCCCAGCUCCCACCAUGUCCCCCAUGUCCCUCAGCUCCCCCCAUGGCCCCCAGCUGCCACCAUGUCCCCCAUGUCCCUCAGCUCCCCCAUGUCCCCCAGCUCUCCCCAUGUCCCCCAGCUCUCCCCAUGUCCCCCAGCUCCCACCAUGUCCCCGAUGUUCCCCAGCUCCCCCAUGUCCCUCAGCUCCCCCCAUGUCCCCCAGCUCCCACCAUGUCCCCCAUGUCCCUCAGCUCCCCCCAUGGCCCCCAGCUCCCACCAUGUCCCCCAUGGCACCCAGCUCCCACCAUGUCCCCCAUGUCCCUCAGCUCCCCCAUGUCCCCCAGCUCCCACCAUGUCCCCCAUGUCCCUCAGCUCCCCCCAUGUCCCCCAGCUCCCACCAUGUCCCCCAUGUCCCUCAGCUCCCCCCAUGUCCCCCAGCUCCCACCAUGUCCCCCAUGUCCCCCAGCUCCCACCAUGUCCCCCAUGUCCCUCAGCUCCCACCAUGUCCCCCUGCUCUCCCCAUGUCCCCCAGCUCCCCCAUGUCCCCCAGCUCCCCAUUCUCCCUACUCUCCCUAUCUUCUCCAAAUCUCCUCCCAUCUCCCCCCAUGUCCCCCAGCUCUCCCCAUGUCCCCCAUGUCCCUCAGCUCCCACCAUGUCCCCCAGCUCUCCCCAUGUCCCCCAUGUCCCUCAGCUCCCCCAUGUCCCCCAGCUCCCACCAUGUCCCCCAUGUCCCUCAGCUCCCCCCAUGGCCCCCAGCUCCCACCAUGUCCCCCAUGUCCCUCAGCUCCCCCCAUGUCCCCCGGCUCCCACCAUGUCCCCCAUGUCCCUCAGCUCCCCCCAUGUCCCCCAGCUCCCCCCAUGUCCCCCAGCUCCCCAUUCUCCCUACUCUCCCCUAUCUUCUCCAAAUCUCCUCCCAUCUCCCCCAUGUCCUCCAGCUCUCCCCAUGUCCCCAGCUCCCCCCAUGGCCCCAGCUCCCCCCAUGUUCCCCAGCUCCCCCAUGUCCCACAGCUCCCCAGCUCCCCCCAUGUGCCCCAGCUCCCCCAUGUCCCUCAGCUCCCCCAUGUUCUCCAGCUCCUCCCAUGUCCCCCAGCCCCCAGCUCCCCCAUGUUCCCCAGCUCCCCCCAUGGCCCCCAGCUCCCCCAUGUCCCGCAGCUCCCCCAGCUCCCCCCAUGUGCCCCAGCUCCCCCAUGUCCCUCAGCUCCCCCCAUGUCCCCCCAGCUCCCCCAUGUCCCACAGCUCCCCCAGCUCCCCCCAUGUGCCCCAGCUCCCCCAUGUCCCUCAGCUCUCCACAUGUCCCACAGCUCCCCCAGGUCCCCCCAUGUCCCCAGCUCCCCCAUGUCCCCAGCUCCCCCCAUGGCCCCCAGCUCCCCCCAUGGCCCCCAGCUUCCCCCAUGUCCUCCAGCUCCCCCAUGUCCCACAGCUCCCCCAGCUCCCCCCAUGUGCCCCAGCUCCCCCAUGUCCCUCAGCUCCCCCCAUGUUCCCCAGCUCCCCCAUGUACCCCAGCUCCCCAGCUCCCCCCAUGUCCCCAGCUCCCCCAUGGCCCCCAGCUCCCCCCAUGUCCCGCAGCUCCCCCAGCUCCCCCCAUGUGCCCCAGCUCCCCCAUGUCCCUCAGCUCCCCCCAUGUCCCCCAGCUCCCCCCAUGUCCCACAGCUCCCCCAGCUCCCCCAUGUCCCUCAGCUCCCCCAUGUUCCCCAGCUCCCCCAUGUCCCUCAGCUCCCCCAGUUCCCCCAUGUCCCCAGCUCCCCCAAGUCCCCAGCUCCCCCCAUGUCCCCAGCUCCCCCAUGUCCCCAGCUCCCCCCAUGGCCCCCAGCUCCCCCCAUGUGCCCCAGCUCCCCCAUGUCCCUCAGCUCCCCCAUGUCCCCUGCUCCCCCCAUGCCCCCAGCUCCCCCAUGGCCCCCAGCUCCCCAAUCUCCCUCCCCUAUCUUCCCCCCUCCCCAUCUCCUCGCCCCCAUCUAUUAACUCUGUUUACUCAGUUGAAAGCUAA